UUCAUUGUUUCAAUGAUCAAUCCAUGUUUACUGUGCCAAUGAGAUCUUAGUUAAGUGGUUAAACAACAUGUUGAGAAGUUUCACUCAACUACUAGCGGAUGUUUAUAAGCAACUGAAGAGCAAGGGGUCUGAAUUUGAGAUUGUUUUUGUGUCAUCCGAUGAAGUUUUGGAAGCCUUCAAUAAUUACCGUGCGUGCAUGCCAUGGCUGACUGUUCCAUUUUCUGAUUCGGAGUCAAAGAAAGCCUUGAACAGGAAAUUCGAGGUUGAAGGCAUUCCUUGCUUGAUUAUUUUGCACCCCGGUGAUAACAAGGAUGAAGCCACAUUGUAUGAUGGAGUGGAACUCAUUUAUCGGUAUGGGGACCAAGCCUUCCCUUUUACUAAAGAGAAGUUGGAGGAAUUGCAUAGGGAGGAGAAAUUGAAACAUGAGAACCAGACAUUAACCACUCUACUCACUAACCAUGAUAGAGACUAUCUUUUGGGGAAGACGGUUGGACUCUACUUCUCGGGGCAAUGGUACCGUCCCUGCUUGAAGUUUACUCCCAAGCUGAUAUCAAUCUACCACAAAAUCAAACAAUUGCUGGAAGAGAAAGGCGGAAAAUGCAUAUCCCCAGCUGCCAAGGAAAGAGAUGGACGAGGGGCGAAGAACUUACCUAAGUUUGCGUAUCAUGCGGGGCGUAGGCAUGAACUUACAUUGUUAUUGGAAGGGACUGGAGGAAGGCCUUUCAUAUGCUGUGACUGUGACGAGCAGGAGUCUGCUGGGCUUACCAGUGUCUUGAUUGUGGGUACGAGGUGCACCGCAAGUGUGUAAGAGCUGUGGGUUAUGGCGCCUCGGUUUAGCGCUGACUCAAUACUGCUCAGAAGUGUGUAUUGAGGUCCACUCCUUGGUAACAAAUAUAAAUCAAAGCGUUAU